AUGGAUUCCUUACCAGAUGACGUUUGGUUGGAGGUGUUUUCUUUUCUUUCUCAGAAAGAUCUUCUCAGAGCUGCUCUUGUUUGUCGGACCUGGAAAAGACUGUCACGUGACAGCUCUCUCUGGUCAUGCCUUGAUCUCCAACCGUACGCCAGAUCGCUCAGAGAGGAUAUUAUACUGAGACUUUUGAAUACCAUGUUUGCACCCCUCGGUAGACAACUUAGGGGACUACUCGUAGUCUAGCUUUGUCUGUAGUCCCUCAUUUUUCUCUCUCCCCGCCGCGUGUCGCCUUUUCUCGCGUGGGGUGAUUUUCACGCGCGCUCGCGUUUCGCUCGCUCUACUAUCCCUGAGGAAAAAUGGGGGACUACUCGUAGUCUAUAGACAACUCAACCUCAGUAAGAAUUUGGUGACCACUGAGAUUUUAAAAACCAUAUUUGAAACCUGCCAUCGACUGCAAAGUUUAAGUCUGAACAACAGCAGAUUCCAUUCCAUCGGGCCUUGGCUUGAAAGGAGAGUGGAUCAGGUGGAAACCUUCGUAUUUCUGGAUUUAAGAAACGCAAGUGGAUUCGCUGCUGGAAUUGAGGAUAUGUUGCAAAAAGCAUACAACUUGAAAUAUCUAGGAAAGUAA